CUCCUGGUAUGAUCCUCAGGAUAACCUAUAUCACUGGCCAGCUCCUUGGCUCAACACACUGAGAAACUAUUAUUAGAACAAGGAAGCCAGUAGAACCCAUAACAACCUUCCAACGAUCGCAGCGAUGUUUAAUAACCAGCCUGGGGACACUGCUGUUUACAUGACACGUGCUUGGAAAACUCAUGCAAACAACAUUCCAACGCGCCACCCAAUAUGCUCCCGAAUAACACGCGGAUCCGCCUUCUUCCUGCCAGCUGUGUUCGGCUGAGGUCAGUCAGCCCCCUGAUUGGCCGGAGGAAUCACCUCAGCUCUCCUCCUCCUUGCGCUGAGUCACAAUGCAACAGCCAAGCAGAGGACAAGCAAGCAGCAAAGCGAAGGGCCCUUCCGAGGGGGGGAUCCCGACGACCAACAAAAUCAAAACAGGGCGGGUACCAGGGUUCAGUGUGGGAUGAAUUGACAUCCCUGCAGUAGCCUGUUUGCACACAAAAGCAAAGCACAGCUCCGGCACCGCGUUGCCUAUGAUCGAUCUCGACUGUUCCUUACCCUGAAGUAGAACAGCAGUGGUAGAGACAGCUGCCUUUGGCUUCCCACGGGAAAGUUGCUGAUGAUUCUCACAGUAGACAGAAGAAGCAAGGACAGGCACAAACCAUGAAUUACGUCGGGCAGCUAGCAGGCCAAGUCUUUGUGACGGUGAAGGAGCUCUAUAAAGGAUUAAAUCCUGCCACGCUGUCUGGAUGCAUUGAUGUCAUUGUCGUCUGCCAGCCUGAUGGGACUCUCCAGUGUUCCCCUUUCCACGUGCGCUUUGGAAAGAUGGGAGUUCUGCGUUCGAAGGAAAAAGUGGUCGAUAUAGAAAUUAAUGGAGAAUCUGUGGAUUUGCACAUGAAAUUAGGGGACAAUGGAGAAGCAUUUUUUGUAGAGGAAACAGAAGAUGACCAGGAGACAAUUCCGUACCACCUGGCUACAUCUCCCAUUCUGACGGAGGGAUCAUCUCUCAUGGAGUUACAGCUGAAGAAAAACUCUGUAGACAGGAUAAGGAACAUGGACACCGGUGGCCCUUCGCAGCUACCCAGCUCUGCUCCAUCUGCUAUCGAAUCCACUUCUGUGAAGAAAAGGAGGAAGCGAAGAAGGAGAUCUACCCACAAAAUAGACACUUCAAAAAGAGAUGAAAACGCCGAUACUACCGAAGAUGAAAACAUGUUCCCUAUAGAAAUUAGUUCUGAUGAAGAAAAUGAGCUGCUAGAAACUGCAAGAACAUCUGUCACCGAUCUGUGUAGGGACAAAGCACUUGAGGCAAAUUCCUCUUCAAUCAAUGUACUCCCUCACCCCUAUUCGGAUGGAGAAUGGUCACCACCGCAAAGUAAACCUAGAACUUGCGCAGGGAAGUCCUCUCCUCUUACUGUUCCAGCAGAUGGAGGUUUAUCUAGUUCUUGUCCUCACCAGUCUUCUCAUUAUCCUGCUACAGACAGUCCUUCAGGUUCACGGCCUCCCACUCCUAAAAGUGACUCCGAACUAGUCAGCAAGUCUUUGGAAAGGAGUGUUCAGAAGAGUAAUACACAAAUGCAUUGGGACUGGGGAGAACUACCUCAAGCCACAAAGUCUGCUUCUUCACUCAAGCUGAAAGAAUCAAGCUCCACCAUGUUGACUGUGAGUCCUUCUGAAAGUACUCACUUCCGAGUCAUUCAGAGUAAUGAUUCAGAAGAAUUCCGGAGCUUAUCUUCGUUACCUGUCCUAGGACAGGAUAAUUCUGUGACGACUCUGGAAGAUACUGAGAUCCAGGAAGCAGCACCUGUGAUGAAUGAGCUAGACAUAGACACUUUAGGGGCAGCUGCGCCUCCGCUCCCCGCAAACGAAGAAGUAAAACAGGGUACGACUUCCUUGACACAGCAGGCGAGCAAAACAGAUUCUCCCUCCAAAAAAAAAGAUAAGCGAUGCCGACAUCUUGGUGCUGAUGGUGUCUAUCUGGAUGACCUCACAGGCAUGGAGCCAGAGGUUGCUGCACUCUAUUUCCCUAAAAAUGGUGAACAGAGUGCUCACUUGAAAAAUGCAAAUGAAAAUGGACCCCGCUCAGCUAAUCAGUCUCCUCAAUCCGUCGGAAGCUCAGGCAUUGAUAGUGGUGUAGAAAGCACCUCGGAUGGAAUAAGAGACCUGCCCUCCAUUGCCAUUUCACUUUGUGGAGGACUUAGUGACAACAAAGAGAUAUCUAAAGAAAUGUUUUUAGAACAAGAAAUAUCGUAUCAGCAGUUUGUGGACAAUCCAGCUAUCAUUGAUGACCCUAACCUUGUGGUGAAGAUUGGAAGCAAAUACUACAACUGGACAACAGCUGCUCCCCUCCUAUUGGCGAUGCAAGCGUUCCAGAAACCUUUGCCAAAGGCCACUGUGGAUUCUAUAAUGAGUGAUAAGAUGCCAAAAAAAGGCGGAAGAUGGUGGUUUUCUUGGCGAGGGAGGAAUAGCUCUAUCAAAGAGGAAAUAAAGCCCGUGGAAGGUCUGAGUGGAAAAAACGAGUCAGACAAUCCAGACAGAAACAAAGAUGAUUCUUCCUCAAGUGAUGAAGACCGUAGAGCUUCAAAUCAAGCCUUUGGAUCAUUGCCAGCAAACUCCAAUCACCUUCCGCUGUUGUCUGGAGUAGGUUACAAAAAGACCCUUCGACUAAGUUCAGAACAACUUAAAAGUCUAAACCUUAAGAACGGUCCUAAUGAUGUGAUUUUCAGCGUUACAACACAGUAUCAAGGAACCUGUCGCUGUGAAGGCACCAUCUAUUUGUGGAACUGGGAUGACAAGGUCGUUAUUUCUGACAUUGAUGGCACAAUCACAAGGUCAGAUACUUUAGGUCAUAUUUUGCCCACUCUUGGCAAAGACUGGACGCAUCAGGGGAUUGCCAAACUGUACCAUAAAGUGAGCCAAAAUGGAUACAAGUUCCUGUACUGCUCAGCACGUGCGAUAGGGAUGGCAGAUAUGACCCGAGGAUAUUUGCACUGGGUCAACGAGCGGGGAACGGUGCUACCUCAGGGCCCUCUACUGUUGAGUCCUAGCAGUUUGUUCUCAGCCUUCCACAGAGAAGUAAUAGAGAAGAAGCCAGAGAAGUUUAAGGUUCAGUGUCUAACCGACAUAAAAAACCUGUUUCAUCCAUGCAAAGAACCUUUUUACGCUGCCUUUGGAAACAGACCUGCCGACGUGUAUUCAUACAAGCAAGUGGGAGUCUCGCUAAAUAGAAUAUUCACUGUUAAUCCUAAAGGAGAGCUAAUUCAAGAGCACGCAAAGACCAACAUCUCUUCGUAUGUGAGACUCUGUGAAGUGGUAGAUCACGUAUUUCCUUUGCUGAAAAGAAGCCAUUCUUCAGACUUUCCAUGUUCUGAUACCUACAGCCAGUUUACAUACUGGAGGGAACCGUUGCCACCUUUUGAAAACCAGGAUAUUCAAUCUGACGUGCCAUAACUCCUUCCGAAUCGUCUAGGUGGCAGUUCAAAGGAUCCACUGUUCUACGUUUCAGUGGUGCAGCUGGAUUUUGCCACUUCCAGUUCAUCUGGAGUUUGGGGUGUAGUGAACAUUGGUUAAAUGUCGGUUCAGAAAUUUCUUUUUGUCCUUUUAAAGUAACAUUUCUGAAUAGUGCACUUCCAGCUUUUCUUCAGCAUCAUGCUCAACAUAUACCACAUAGUCUUAUUACAGAAGAACCUAUCUGAGUGCCAUGGGAAUGGGAUGGACAGAAGCAAGACCUGUAUGGCCUUCAGUUUUUCCAUGUCAACUUCCAUACCAAUGUGGGACGUGAAUCAGUCUGAGGUAUCAUUGGGGCCUUCCAGCCCCUAUUUUUCAAGUAGAGGAGGAUGAAUUAACAUUAAGCCUCUGAGCUGAAAUACCUUUUUCUUUUUCUUUUUUUCAUUUUAACCCCCCCCCCAACAAAAUAUGGUCACAUCUAUUGAACUAAAGUUAAUUUGGUCUAUAAUCUUCAAAUAGCCUAAAUGUUUACAGCCUAUGACUGGUUUAUAAUAUGAGCGGCACUAGUUCGCAUUGACUGAAUUAAUGGUAGUGGUCCCCAAUUCUAUAUGUCAACGUGGAACUGCCAAAGUGCUUUUUAAACUUGAGGUAAAUAUUAUAUAUAUAUAUAUAUAUAUAUAUAUAUAUAUAUAUUAAAAAAGUGGGUUUGAGUGCACUUACGCUACCAGUUGUGUGAGUACUGUUGGCUCCUCUAGAUCAUGAGCAUCAUUUGCAAUAAGAAAAACAAAACAAAGGAUUGGGUCUGUGUCUGCUACCCUUACUGUACAAGAAGUUGCACCUUACUCAAGAAUGAAAUACUGCUUGAAUAAUUGGACCCAAUGUUUGUCCUCUAUUGCAAUACCUUUAAGCCCAGGUCUUAAGCUAUGCCAGCUCUCUCUCUCUCUCUCUCUCUCUCUCUCUCUGGCCCUUUCUACACCUAAGGAUUAUCCCAGGAAAAUGGAGGGAAAAUGGAGUUUAGAGUAUAGCUGUCUGCUCCCGAGAUCCCGUCUGUUAUUUGCAUGCACAGGGAUGAUCCCGGGGGAAAAGGCAGGUGUAGAAACGGUCUCUCUCUCUCUCUCUCUUUCUUUCUCUCUCUCUCUCUCUCAGGUGUAGAAACGGUCUCUCUCUCUCUCUCUCUCUCUCUCUCUCUCUCUCUCUCUCUCUCUCUCUCUCACACACACACACACACACACACACACACACACACACUCUUGAUAUUAAGGCAUAAUUACUCAAGUACAACUAUGAACUCUUGAGUCAGCUGGGUAUGGCAUACAUGCUGGUAAAUCAAAAUAUAUGGAGGCAAGAACCCGCCCCUUUCCUGGUCAUCGGUUCUUUGUAUUCACCAAGCAGAAUGGUGUCAUUUAAAAGCAUAUGUGUUAUUUUCUGCUGACUAAUGCAACAUAUGUGGGUAUCUUUUCGAAAUUGCAAAAGACAUUUUCUGGAAGCAGCCUAUAUUUGCUUGAUGAACAUCAAGGAAGCUGCAUUGCUGGGUCAACAAAUUUUAUUUGGCACUAUCUGUAGCUAUGAUAUAAACUCUUUGUUGGUUGUGGAUCCUCUUCCUAUUUUUCUUCCUACAGGGUUGUAUCCAGUGUUAGUUCUACUUAAAGUAGAUCCAUUCAAAUGAGUGAGGCUUAAGUUAAGACUAACAUUGGACACAACCACAUGUUCCUCCAUAUUAAUUAACUUUGAAUUAAUAUGAUUUGGGUGCCGUAGAAUGUAGCCAGCCAACACUGGGAGUUUUCCUGUUACGUUUCAAUUUUGUAUUUCUCUUCUUUGCACAACUAGGUUAGGUCACGAUCCUCUUUUGUUGCUUCAAAACAUUUAAUAGUUGUUCAGAGAAGCUGCUUUUACAAGUGGCUGGCCUUCUUUGAAACACAGACUCCUACUGUCCAUAUACCAAACAAUCCUAAAAGACAGUUUAAUUUUUAAAGUUGCUUCUUUUUAAUAAUAUUUAUUGGGAAGUUAGGUUUAGAGUAUAGCUAUUGUCUGAUAAAGUCUAAGGGGCAAUCUAGAUGGGAAGGCACCAGACCCGUGGCUUGCUGCCAAAUCCCUUUAAAGUGUGUGGGGGGGGGGGAGGGUUGGGAGAGAUUUAAAACCUUGAAAAGGGGCAGAAUGGGGAUGCUGAGUCCUUCCUCUGAUUGCGCUUUUUCUCUUUUAGCAUCUCCCAAGCCAUGUUAUGAUUAUAUUCUCUGAAAGCCCCAUGGUGGGUACAUGGUGGCGUUUUAUCUGUUAUAUGGCACAGCAGCCACCCCGGGGCUUUCCUGCAAAGCUGGGAAUUAAAAAAGUCAGCUUAUCCCAACAUUUUCGCUGGAGUGUGCUCUGGGGUCAUGGAGGAGGCGUUCCCCCUCAUUGGUUGCUGUCUACCUGGGCAGAGGGUAGGCGUGGGCUCAGCAAGCCGAUUGGUCGCUGGAAACCCCACGCCCUCCCCCUGCGUUGGGAUUAGCCACCGCCACACCGUAGCUGAGAAAGUGCGGGAUUUUGUUAAAUGCAUCAGCAGUCCAGCGCUGUAUAGGCAGCCCUUAAGUCUUAUUCAGAUGAAUGGAACUUGAAGGGAAUUUCAAUUGUAAAGCUGCAAAUCUAAGCACAAUCACUUGGGAUGAUAAGAUUGAGUGGGACAUAUACUGCGUAAGUGUGCAUAGGAAUGGGUUGCAAGUCCCAUUCUUUUACCUUUAAUUGAGCUGGUUGUGAUGAGGUUUUGCUAGAUGGUGUAUUCUCAAUGUGCAUUAAAGAGUGUGAUAGGGACAUUAUGGUGUGGUGUAGUGGCUAGAGUGUUGGACUGGGACUCGGGAGAUCCGGGUUCUAGUCCCCACUUGGUCAUGGAAACCCAUUGGGUGACUUUGGGCCAGUCACAGACUCUCAGCCCAUCCCAUCUCACAGGGUUGUUGCUGUGAGGAUAAAGUGGAGAGGAGAAGGAUUAUGUAUGCCGCCUUGGGUUCCUUGCAGGAAAAAAGGUGGGAUAUAAAUGCAGUAAUAAAAAUAAAAUAAUCAGUUGCUGAAAAAUAGUGAUUUUUCAGUCUUUUGUGAAAAUACCCUGAUUCCCACUGAAGCAAAUUUUGGGAAUAAUUUGGGUGCAUUAAAAAUAUACAACAAAUGGUGCAGCGUUAGGCUUUUUCAUAUUAUCUAAAUUACCACAAAAUUAAGACUUUGUUUUUAAUCUGGAUUUUAUUGUUUUCCUUGAGUGCCAUGUUUUAUGGCGGAAAGGUGGGUUAGAAAAUAAAGAAACAAAUACGCAAAAAGAAUACAAAUUUCAGCUUUCAAACCUUAAGACAUGGGGGGAUCUACACAACUGCUUUUAAAGCGCUUUAAAGCACUUUGAAAACGUUUUGAAAACUGUAUAUGCAGUGUGUCCUGGGCCCCAACAAUUGUCAAAACUGUUAUAAAACUCUUUAAAGCGCUUUAAAGCCGUAGUGUAGAUCCCCCCCCAUGAUGGUUCUAAGUCUAGUAACAUUUUAUAAACCUGGAAGUUUAGCUUGGGAACCACAAAGCUACGGGAAAAUCAUUGACAAGGAUCACAUACCAGUUUUAGAGAAGCAUUUCUUUUAUUGUAAAUUGUCACGACUUGGUCCAUAUUUCUUCAGUGUUGUUAAUGCCUCAGCAUUACAUUAUUUAACUGUGAAAAUAACUUGCCACUUUAUGUCAAUAUUUGUUCUCCCAAUGACACAGAACACACUGGACAUCAUUUAGCUCAAGUUAAGCAAUUCUAGUUUCCGUUGACUUUAAUGGAAGAGUUCCUUAACUCUGCUACAAAUCAGGGAGAUUCAACAGUACUUAAACUUGGUCUGGUUUGUAGCCGUUAAUCCUAGCCGUCUAUGGAGAAGUUCCUAAAAAUGUCCUUCAAAAUUCUCAGUCUUCUAGGCAGUUACCUUUUACCUUAUGUUUAAGACUCUUUCACAUGCCAUCAGUUAAGAUUUUCAGGACUCGCAUUGCCAUCUAGCUGACCUGGAAACUACUUGGGGCUGUCUUGCUUGUAGGAGGUAGUAAAUGAUCUUCACUAGCACUUAGAGCAUUGGGAUGCUAUUUGGGUGAAGCUGUGUGGAUUUCUGCAAGUUCAUGUGAAACCGCUUGCAGAAACCUCAGCAAAUAUACCAGUUAUUAUUACUUAGAGUGAAUACAUCUGGCUUCAAGUUACCCUUUUAAGCAAAUAUCUUAUAACACUAUCUUGCCAGUGCAACCUGCAAGUAUACGUCACUCAACUAAUAUUUGUGGUUGAUGGUUGUUGAGAAGAAUCGUUUAAGACAUUUUUUAAGCUUUGCUCUUACUAAAGACUUACAACAACAAAAAAACCCUUCAGGUACACAGUUUCUAAAUAGUUUCACUUUGGCUGAGCAGUUCUUGUGUACACAUUUUAAACUUAAUUGUUGAAUCCACAAAGAACAGGAUAAAGAUGGAAUUGCUGAAGGAAUUAUUACUCUUUCUAUGAAAGAAAAAUAAAUAAAUUUCUUCACUUUGCUUUCAGUGUACUGGUGUUUUUCUGUUACAGAAAAAAGUAUAUUUUCUAAUGCACUCUAAAUGCACAAAUAUAAAGCCAAUGUAUGCUGUGUUUAUAUAUUUUCCCAUCUUCUAAACUAGAAUAUGCAAGAUGCCUGUAUUUUCAUAUACUUGAUGGCCAUUUAGCUCCACAAGUGCUAUGUGAAGUGGAGAAAAGUAUCAACAAGUUGAAAAUCAAAUAAUGCUGAUUUAAGUUUGAGGAGUAGGGGGAUGGUUUUAUUGUAUUUUGUUUUAUGACUGUUAAUGAGUAUGUUUCUGGAAACUACUUCCUCUGUAUAUGUAUGUACAAGUGCAAUGAAUUAUAGAAAACAAGAUAACAUCUCAUUUUGAUGAUGAGCUGGAUGCAAAGACUAUAUAUUGUAAUAAAUGCAAUCCAAUAAAAAUAUGUUCCGAAAA